GGAUCGUAUUCGUUCAUCCCGCACUGUAGGGGCGCUGUGCUCCUGCUGCAUUCACACACCGACAGACUGUGAGUCGCACAGAAGAAGUCUUUAAAGUGCUGCUGAGGAACUCAAGGCUAUUAUUUUUACGCUUUUAUUGUUUUAUUUAGUUAAAUUAAAUCAUGACGUCCACAAAAGAGCUCUUAGAGAUGGAUCUGUACGCUUUAUUGGGGGUUGAAUCGACCGCUACAGAGAAACAGAUCAAGAAAGCGUACAGACAGAGAGCGCUGUCCUGCCAUCCAGAUAAAAACCCAGACAAUCCCAAAGCUGCGGAGCUCUUCCACCAGCUGUCUCAGGCUCUGGAGGUGUUGACAGACGCCGCUGCCAAGGCUGCUUACGACAAGGUCCGUGCUGCUAAAAAACAAGCCGAGGAGAGAAACCGGAAGCUAGAUGACAAGAGGAAGAAGAUUAAACUUGAUUUGGAGGCGCGUGAACGGCAGGCAGAGACUGUAAAAACAGAAGAGAUUAAAAUCACACGCACGUUAGAAGAGGAGAUCGCCCGUCUGAGGGAGGAGGGUUCACGAGAACUACAGGAGCAGCAGAGACUCAUACGAGAGCAGAUCCAGAGAGAGACAGACACACACACAGGACGUCAGGGUGGCAGCGAUGUGACUCCUAAACUGAAGUUGAAGUGGAAGUGUAAAAAAGACGAUGCCAGUAACGCCGGCUAUUCUCACGACUGUCUUCAAAACCUCUUUCAAAAGUAUGGAGACGUCCUGAACAUUCUGAUAUCCAGUAAGAAGAGAGGCAGCGCCGUGGUGGAGUUCGCAUCAGUGAAAGCAGCUGACCUGGCGAUUAAAAACGAGAUCGGCCUGACUGGAAACCCACUGAAAAUCACAUGGCUGGAGGGACAACCUGCCCCGACGUCACACAUCGACAACACAGAGAGUUACUCUUCACAGAGUUGUCUACGUAACGAGCGCGACUACGAGAGCGUGGUGCUGAUGAGACUGAGACAAGCUGAAGAGAGGAAGAGGCUGAUCGAGGAGAUGAAGAGGGAGGAAGAGCAGGAGACGGCGUGACCUCAUACAGACUCACUUUUACCUUUUGAUUUUACACCCGAACAUCAAUAAAGCCUUUUUGGAAUAAA